AACUAUAACUGGAAGUUUCCAGAUUUCUUGAACCAAGCUGAAACCCAAGCUGCCAUUCAUGUCAAACCAACAGAGUACCAUGAAUUUUGUGCCCUGUUCCAGGACAUGGCUGCAGAUUUCUUUGAUGGCGUUACCAAGGAACUGUCUAUCAUAAUGGAGAAUUACAAG